CUCGACUCCUCGGCUCGAAUCUCCUGUGGGCGGGACUAAGACGCGAGGCGAAGAGUCGAGGAGAGGAGAGUACUGUUGUGUACGUGACUGCAUUUUCCGUGAAUGUUACGUUUGUAGUGAGUGAGCUUUUAUUCUGAAAGCGGAAGUGUGAUUGGAAACGGACUCCUACCAUCCAUGAAGCAGACAGGUUAUCUCUUUAAUACAGGCGAUUGAAAGACUUCCAGACUCAGCGAACAGGUGGUCCAGACCCACCCACUCAUGUUACUCUACUGGGAAGAUACAAGUGUUAUAGUCUGACAUGCUAAAGGAGUGAGGUCCAGCAGUUCCCACCCUCAAACCAAGCUGAGCAGACAGCAGCAGCAGCAGAAGCAGCAGGCUGCGGUCCCUGCAGGCGGGAUGGGAGUCCCCAUGUCAUUUGUGCUGGUGCUAGCAUCCAUCUGUCUUAGCCACUGCCUGGAACUACAAAACGCUCUGGAUAGUUUCAAAAGGUCUCAGGAACAUGUGGUGUCAGAACCCACUGACUGUGUGUCCAGGAGCAGGAUGCCAGUCUCAGCAAACCCUCACAAUUUUUCUGUGGACAUUCGGAUGCCUGCUGUCGUUCCCGCUGCAUCGGACACUUACCUGUGCACAGCAUUUUCGGUGCCAACUAGUCAAGAUGCGUACAUUGUGGACUUCAUACCUCAUGCCAGUAUGGACACAGUUCAUCACAUGCUUCUGUUUGGCUGCCAGACUCCCGUCUCCAGCAGCAGCUACUGGGACUGUGGCAGUGUCCAAGGCACCUGUGAGGAUGAGGCGUCCAUUAUGUACGCCUGGGCGCGGAAUGCACCCCCUACUAAAUUACCCCAAGAUGUCGGUUUCAAAGUUGGAAGAAGUUCAGGAAUAUCCCACUUUGUGCUGCAGAUCCAUUAUGGAGAUAUCAGUGCUUUCAGAGACCAUCAUAGAGAUUGUUCAGGACUAACCCUACGGAUGACAUCCAAACCGCAGCCGUUCAUCGCUGGCAUAUACUUGCUUAUGUCUGUGGACACAGUUAUCCUUCCAGGAAGAAAAGAAACAAAUGCAGACAUGGCCUGUGACUACACUUCAUAUCCAAUUUACCCGUUUGCCUUCAGGACCCACACACACCACCUCGGUAAAGUGGUAAGUGGCUACAGGAUAAGAGGCGGGAAGUGGAGCCUGAUUGGGCGACAGUCCCCCCAGCUGCCACAGGCUUUUUAUCCUGCUAACAAGGAUGUCAGUGUGAAGUAUGGGGACACCAUCGCAGGCAGAUGUGUGUUUACUGGGGAGGGCAGAACCUCCAAAACCUAUAUUGGGGGUACCUCUGCUGAUGAAAUGUGCAACUUCUACAUAAUGUACUACAUGGACAGCAGACAUGCGGUCCCCUACAUGAGCUGCAUGGAGCCGGGCUCCAAAGAGCUGUUCAAGCAUAUUCCAGAGGAAGCCAACAUGCCCAUCGCCGUCAGUCCAGCUGAUAUGAACUCAAUGAUGCAUAUGAGGCACUCAACAGGUGACCUCUAUUCUCUUUUGUCAAAGCUGCUAGGCCAGAGCAAGGAGGUUGUUAACAGUCAUAGGUAUAACCCCAGCCAGAUGGAGGGAUCCCAGCCUGACUCUGUGGCUCAAUUUGAUAACUUAUUGCAAAAGAAAGAACUGGGCCUUCCCAGUGGCAGACUAACCUUCCACUCCAGGGAGGAUCCUGUUUUGGUGAGGGACAGAGUCCACAAAUUCCAUCAGCUUGAGGCCAUGGCCAAGCCACAGAGAAGCAAGCUUCUAGCUGAAGACUACCACUUGGAGCAGGUGGAAGGCUGGCCCCUGAGUUCUCUGCAGUUGGGCCAGGUGUCAGGACUGGCCCUUGACUCAGAUUCUAACCUGGUGAUUUUCCACAGAGGGGACCAUCAUUGGGGGGCUGACUCUUUUAACAGCCAGGCUAGAUACCAGCAGAGGUCUGUGGGUCCUAUUCAGCAGUCCACUAUCUUGGUCGUGGACUCAACCAAAGGCACCAUCUUGAAGGCUUCUGGCAGAGACAUGUUCUAUUUACCUCAUGGAAUAACUACAGACAAGAAUAAUAACUACUGGGUCACAGAUGUGGCUCUACAUCAGGUGUUAAAGGUGAGCAGCGAUGGCAGAGAUACAACAAUGCUGGCAUUAGGAGAGGCUUUCACACCAGGCAGCGACAGCAGCCACUUCUGCCAGCCCACCGACGUGGCUGUGGACGGAGACACUGGAAACAUCUUUGUGUCUGAUGGCUACUGCAAUACGAGGAUCCUCAAGUUCUCUGCUGACGGCCGAUACCUGUCUGAGUGGGGUGCAGGCUCAUCAGACAGGAGGAGACGCAUACCGUUCCAGAUCCCCCACAGCCUGGUGUUCCUCCCCGACAGACAGGAGGUCUGUGUGGCUGACAGGGAGAACGGACGCAUCCAGUGCUUCAUAGCCCAAACUGGAGAGUUUGUUAAGGAAAUCAAGAAAGAGGAGUUUGGAGGGGAGGUGUUUGCCAUCUCAUACAGCCCUGAUGGAGAUGGCUUGAUCUUCGCAGUAAAUGGGGAAUCUCUGUUUGGCUCAGCUCCACUGAGAGGUUUUGUAAUUGAUUAUUCAACCCUGGAUAUUUUGGAUACCUUCAAAGCAGAGAAAAAGGAGUUUAAAAUGCCUCACGACAUAGUUGUAAGUGGUGAUGGCUGCGUCUUUGUCGGGGAUGCAGGCAGUAAAUCAGUCUUCAAGUUUACCACUGAAAAGUUACAUCGGUCUGUCAAGAAAGCUGGAAUCGAGGUUCAAGAACUUGAAGAAAUGGAGACGUUUGUCCAAACUAAACUGAGGCCGGAGCACAACAUGUCGAAGACAGCAGUCGCCCAAGAGAAGCAAAUCGUGGCUCAGCAUGAAGACCACACAGAAGCAGCAGAGGAGAAGCACAGUGCAGCUCAGCCAAGCAGGGGGCAGGCUGUUUUGCCAGCCAUCAUCACUACCCUGCUGCUUGUCCCUCUGCUGCUGCUGCUCUCCACCGGACUCUUCAUUUGCUGGAGGAAAAACAACCGAUGUGAGGUGAAAUCCGAACCCAGCUCUGUAGGAGGAAUCUUGGGAAAAAUAAGAGGUAAAGCUGUGGGCAGUCUGAACCUGGGGAACUUCUUUGCAUCGCAUAAGGGUUACAGUCGUCAGGGCUUCGACCAGCUGAGCACUGAGGGAAGCGACCAGGAGAGACACGAUGUAGACAGCAGCGACUCGGAGAACGAGGAGUACUCUGCUCUGCCACUGCCUCGACCCCCCUCUUAGACUCUGUAGCCAGUCACCAAGAUCCUGCUUACAGUGCUGAGUGUAUGUUAUUCAUCACGUGUCUAACUGUUGUAUAAGCUGCCAAUCUUAUUAUUUAUAUAUUUAAAAAUAUGCUGUAUAUAAAGAUAAUUUAAACAUUAAUGUAAUUUAAUUGUUGUGUUGAUAGAGCGUGGUCUUGGUAAUUAAUUUCACACAUUUCACUAUAAAAGAUUGUUUUCCCUAAAUCAGACUUCCAUUAAAUUAAAUCCGUAGCACAACUCUAAUGAUAAACAUCUGGCCUUAGAUUCAGCCUUAAAACAAGACCAAAUCUGCCAAUGUCGUAAGACUUACUCCACUGUUUAUUUGUGCAAUUUAACUCAGUGCAAGGAUAUUCUUAAAACCUAACCUAACCCCAAUCUCUUUACUCUGUAUGAAAGUUUCAAACUCAGACGAGUGCAGUUGCAUGAUCAUACCCUAUUUCACAUUUAUAACCCAUAAAGUGUUACUUCUUGACUCUCAUCACGAUCAGCAGAGAGUGUGUACAGGCAUUUAUGGCAAUUAUUUUUGGGAAGUGGUGGCAAAGUCCAUAAGGACUUGGCUUGGGAUCCGCAAGGUCAACGGUUCAAGUCGCCGAAGGACCAAGUUCUACGAGGUGUCCCUGAGCAAGGCACCGUCUCCUACAGUGCUCCCUGGGCAGCUCACAUUAUGGCAGCCCACUGCUCUUAACACUAGGAUGGGUCAAAUGCAGAAUGAAAAAACUGAAAUCUGCCACUGGCUUUUUAAUUUUUUUGAGAUAUGGGUUCUGCUGGACUGGAGCUGGAAAUAAAUACAGCAUCUUAAGUCAUUCCAACAUCAGAGUUAGGAUCUCUAAGAAGGAUUUAUUCUAUUUUAAUUGUGAUCUUAAAAUAUAUAAUUUGCAUUGAUACGGUACACAGUGUUCAUCCAUCCAACACCCUCUUAGAUAUAUUAUAGCUACUUACUAACCAUUAUUUUUCAACAUGAUUCUUUGGACCGUGUUUUAGUUUAAUACCAUUUCAUUAAGAAUUUUGUGCCUUUUCUGUACGUGCCAUUUCAACAUGCAUGAUGGGAUUAAAACAGCUGCUGCUUUUUGGUGUGUGUGUGUGUGCGUUUGUGUGUGUGUGCGUGUGUGUGUGUGUGUGUGUGUGAGAGAGAUUGUUACUUCAUUGGCUAUAAAGACAGGAACAGAGAGUUGCUACAAACACACAACACCCUGGUCUCUGAUGGAACCACAUCAGCUGUUUAUGUUCAAGUUUGGAGAAAAAAAGGUUUAAGCAGCUUCAUUUGCUAAAUGGUAAGCUGUUAUUUAACUGAUAUGAAGUGUUGCAAACAUGAAAAAGUGUUUGUAUGGUGUCUUUGAUUGUAUGUCUUUUUUUGCGGCUGUAUGGGGAUGUUAAUCUGGAUAUGAAUUGUUUAUUGUAAACCUUUUUGCACGGGUACCGCAGCUAUUGAAAGGCAUUGUUCAGACUGGAAUUGUUUCUCAACAUUUAAAUCACAGUUAUCGUAAUAUAAAAAAUGAUGAAUUGAUCACGUUUAAAAAUGUAAGGACAUGAAUAUCACACAGAGAAGAUGCCUAGAUACAUGUUAUUUUUAACGUAAAGGCAACACUCAAAGUAUUUUUUUGUGAAUCGAGUGCUUGAGUCACAAUGCAAAAGUUAAUCAAUAAAGCAAGUUCACAGUGCACACCGCUAAAAAUAAAAGGGAUAACAUCAUAGGGAUAUUAUCACACUGUUAAGUUUAAUUACGUUUUCUAUGGUUUUACCAUAUUUUCUGUUACAUUGCCUAUUCUUAAAUGUCAUCCUGUAUACUCAGACCCUGAUUAAAUAUUUUAAUUUCUA